AUGGAAACGCAACCUUCCAUUGACAAUGAAACAAUUGAAAGAAAAAAGCAAAACAGGCGAAAAUGGCUUCCAUUAUGCACGUACAAUGAUAAGAAUGAUGUUAUUAAGAAAAUCAAGGAUGAUGGUAUAUGGAGCAAAACACAUACGAAUAUCACCAACGAAGGAAAACGGACUUAUUAUAGGUGUAACCAAGUUAAACGACGUGGAAAACAAUGUCCAGCUAGUAUUCAUGUUUUAUAUCAUAGUGAAAAUGAAUGUGUUACAAUAUACAAAACAGAAGAUGAUCAUUUACAUAACGAACCAAGAUCUAUUGGUAUUAAUCAACAAUCAAAAGAAGUAAUAUGCGAAUUAUUCACAAUGAAAAUCAAACCAAAACGUAUACUAGAAAUAUUAGAAGAAAAAGGUCUACCUGUUCCCAAAAAACGACAAUUAUCAAGUUAUUUAAUAUCAUUAAGAAAAAAAUAUUAUGGCGCUCCAACUAUUAGCUUAGGUGAACUUGAAGCUUGGUGCCAACAAAAUUCAUUAAUACCUGAUGAUAAUGACAAACCUUGGGUAUUAAAGUAUCAGAUUGAAUAUGAAGAUGAAAUUGAUAAUGAUGAUGAUAAUGACAAUGGUGAUCAUAAUGAUGAUGAUGAUAAUGAAAAUAAAUUUCGAUUUUUUGUUACUACUAAAAGACUAUUAUUUAAUGCAAGUAUUUCGAAUAAAAUUCAUGUUGAUACUACUUACAAGUUAAUUUGGCAAGGAUUUCCUUGUUUUAUUAUUGGAACCACUGAUAUGAUUAGACAAUUUCAUCCAUUUGGAUUUGCUAUGAAUGAACAAGAAUUAAUACUUAUUGCAGAUGGUGCUGAAGCCAUUAGUAAUGCAUUUUUAAAAGUAUUCGGAACUGGUCAUAAUGUUGUAAUGUGUUGGUUUCAUAUGCGGAAAAAUGUUGAAAAAAAAUUAUAUUUAGUCGAAGAUAAAGCAUUACAUGGUGAUAUUAUGAAUGAUAUUGAAACAUUACAAUUGUCAACAAAUAAAAAUGUAUUUGAUAUUGCUACUAGAUUAUUUUUAAAAAAAUGGAAGAAUGAAGAAAAAUUUAUUCAAUAUUUUUCAAAUGAAUGGUUAAAUUCAAAAAAUGGAUGGUUUGAAGGCUUAGCAACGCAUGUUCCAAGCACGAAUAAUGCAUUAGAAGCCACGAAUCGUGUAAUUAAAGAUGAAGAUACAUUGAGGGAACGAUUAGUUUUAUCAAGAUUUACAGUGGUUUUAUUUUCUAUCGUCAAUAAAUGGUCAAAGGAACGAAAUCCCACUCUUAUCAAUUCAAAAAAAUUCGAACAUCAACCAUUAAUUACAUUACCAAUAUGGACUGAUGCAUACAAUUGGGUUAAGCUUAACAAAGCUGUUAUAUCGAUUUGUAAUGGUGACACAGCAAUGUAUUAUUUACCUGCUGGUGAAGAAACUAGGAUAACAGAUAAAGAAAUCAAACGAUAUGAAAAUUGCAGGUUUAAUUCAUUUGACACGUACAAGUCUGUUUACUUCAACAUAUGGUGCGUAUGUUUAUCUUACAAUCCUGAAAAAUGGAAAGAAGCAACAGAGUAGAUGUCUAAUUCGAGUUCGAAUAUAAAUGAAAAAAAAAAAAAACGGCUUUCAUGUUCCAACAGGCAAAAAGCAAAAAGUAAAACUUUCUCCAACAAUACACGCCUCUCGAAAUAGCAAAAAAGCAAAAGAUAAAUUUUAUCCUAAUUAUAAAAUUAUAAUUCGAAUUUAGACACUUAUAUAA